AUCCCACCCUCCCUCCCUCGAUCUUCGUGUCAACACUUCACAAAGUCUUCUCUUAUAGAAAAAGAAAAAAGUAAUUUUCCUAAUCCCUUCCCUUCUUCCUUCACUUCACUAUCUCCUCUUCUCCUUUCCUUGGUUUCAUCCUUUUAUUACUGUCGUAGUGGAAAUCUAUCACCCUGUGGAUCAAUUAAUUAACGCGAGUUUAUGAAAUCCAAUUAAAUGUUCUGAGAACAAACGAAGAACAUAAGAUAACAGACAGAAAGCGCUUAUAAAUGGCUUUCCACGAGCAUCUACCGCACGAAAUCACGUUCCAGCCGUUCGCGGAGGAGCAGCAGCAGCAGCAGUUAGGUCAGAGCCGGGACAUGCAGCGGCUCCUGCCACUCUCGGGCGGGGCGCCGACGUGGUUGAACAACAGCAACGCCGCCACGCUCCGCCAGCAGAAUUUCCUCCACCUGCAGCCGGAAUCCGCCGCGACGGCGGCGCAGCAAAACGACGACGUUCGUGCUAUGGAUCGGAACCGGACCGAGAGCAACUCUGAAGCGGACGAUUUGGCGGAAUACAAAGCAGAUAUUUUAGGUCACCCUCUCUACGACCAGCUCCUAUCGGCGCACGUCUCGUGCUUGAGAAUCGCCACGCCCGUUGACCAGCUUCCAAGGAUCGACGCGCAGCUUCAGCAGUCGCAGCGCGUCGUCGACAAGUACUCCGGCCUCGGAAAUGGAAACGGCGUCGUCGAUGACAAAGAGCUCGAUCAAUUCAUGACGCAUUAUGUUAUACUGCUCUGUGCUUUCAAAGAACAAUUGCAACAACAUGUCCGUGUUCAUGCCAUGGAAGCUGUUAUGGCUUGUUGGGAGUUGGAACAAUCUCUACAAAGCUUGACUGGUGUAUCUCCCGGCGAAGGAACGGGUGCAACAAUGUCCGACAAUGAAGAAGAUCAGGCAGAGAGUAAUGCAAACUUAUACGAAGGAGGCAUGGAUGGAGCUGAUAGUCUCAGCUUUGGUCCUCUUGUUCCCACUGAGACUGAAAGAUCUUUGAUGGAGCGUGUGAGGCAGGAGCUGAAGCACGAGUUAAAACAGGGUUACAAGGACAAGAUUGUGGAUAUAAGAGAGGAAAUUCUACGAAAGAGAAGAGCCGGGAAGCUACCCGGCGACACAACUUCCCUUUUAAAAGCUUGGUGGCAGUCACAUUCUAAAUGGCCAUAUCCAACAGAAGAGGACAAGGCAAGGUUGGUGCAGGAAACAGGCUUGCAAUUAAAGCAGAUAAAUAACUGGUUCAUAAAUCAAAGAAAAAGGAAUUGGCAUACUAAUCCUUCGUCUUCUAGUGGCUCCAAAAGCAAACGCAAGAGUAGUGGUGCAGGGGAAUCAAGUAACCAGAGCUUCAUGUGAAUGAACACCUGAUUUGAACUGAGAAAAACAAAUUAUAUAUCUCUAUUCUUCAUUUUAUGCAACAAUGAUGAGAUUCAUAUAUGACCAGAGCUUACAGGGAAAAACAUGAAACUGAAAUGGUGGAAUAUGGAUGAAUAGUAAUUUGUGAUACCAACAUUUACUUGGGGGAUUAAUUACUUGGUUCAAUUACAGAAAAAAUCUAGUAUUGUUGUAUAUGAGGCUGCUGAGCUGAUACCUGAUAUAGUUGCAGGCACUAUCUAUUUGGUUCAAUGGGUAUCUAUGAAUGCAUGCUGAUACGUAUAUUUGUAAUGUAUUACUAUUAUAUUAUUAUUACACUUCAAAGUUUUUUGAUAAAAAAAGCAACAUAGAGUCCUUCAAUUGGGUGCAAA